AUGUCGUCAUCUCGUCAGUUCUCUCACUCUCCCAGAAAAUCCAAGGCUAACUCCAAAAAGAAAAUGAUGACGUUCAUGGCAAAUCAGAUUGCCAGAAUCGUGCCAAAGAUAGUGUCUGAGAUUCAAGCCUCCAGCACUCCAAAUCAUUCUGGUGAUUCUCGCGUAGUUCAGCCUAAACCAGUCUCAUUCAACUACAAACACUUCACUGCCUGUAACCCCAAAACUUUCACUGGGAAGGAUGGUGUGACAGCUAUAUUGGAAUGGUUUGACAACAUAGAGGUCACAUUCAUAAAUAGUGAAUGCCCAGAGGAACUCAAGGUUCGAAGUGCCACUGGUGUCUUCCAAGCCAGGGCACUAGACUGGUGGACUAACGAGAGAAACAUUCGAUCCAAUGAACUAGCCUACGCAUUGUCUUGGGAAGAACUCAAACAGCUUAUGAUGGAGGAAUUCUGCCCUCCUCAUGAGCAGCAGAAGUUAGAAGAAGAGUUCUGGACUCUCAAACAAAUUGGAGAUGAAAACCUUGCAUACACUACCCGGUUCAAGCAGUUGUGUUGUAUCGUGCCUCAUUUGGUGUUGACCACAGAGCGCACCAUUCGGAAAUAUAUUAAUGGGUUGCCUCCCACGAUGUGUGAUACCAUCGAAGCAGCUAAACUUGACAACAUCGAGGCUGUCUAUCGUCUAGCAGCUAGCCUAAACAACAAUCGCGUUCGCGAUAAACAAAUUGCAACAUCCACCAAGAUAGCCAACCAGAUUACCACUAACACUGAAGCCCAAGCAAGUGGCAGCGAAGGCAGGAAACGAAAGUUCCAACACCAAGAGUCAGUCAACAAAGUACGCGCAUGCUACAAGUGUGGAGACACUACACACCUUCGCCCACAAUGUCCUCUAUGGAAUCAAGAACGACAACAAACCCAAGACGACAACGAAGUCACUGAUGGUACGCUUUUUCUUUAA